GGGGCAGCUGCAUCCACAGCGCGCCCCUCGUUUUUUUUUUCCCUUCUCGAGGACGAGGACACACGCACACACGGAAGAAGCCACUAGCUCUCCGCAGUCCGCUCUCGCCUCUCGGCCUUCUCCUUGUGCCGCCGAACACCCUCACAAGAGUCGGCCUCUCGAUUUCUCAGUCCAGCCUCAGCAGUCCCCUUCCCUCCCUCCAUCAGGUGUUGCCUCCCGCAGAUCCAAAUCGGAAUUCGGUCCUUCGUCCCCAAACCACCAAUCCGGUAAAUAUAUAUGCGCUCCCUCACUCCCUCCCCCCAGAGUUUCUUGCGCCGUUCUCUCUCGCGCAAAUUAUUAUGCCGGGAAAGAUUAUAUUCUUCCCCUUUAGCUUUGAGCCCGAAAGGCCGAAGCUUUCGCGUUCUUCCCCACAGAUAUCUGGAGCCGUAGCUUCUGUUUGGUAUGGCCGUGGGUUGAAAUAAAUAGUAGUGUGCGGGACGCCCACCAAUUGGCACGCUGCGCUUUCCAUCCCUGCAGCUGCAAGAUGCCUUCUUUUUAGAUCUGUGCUGCCGUGCCUUCCUCUUCAUGGUACCCUGUGGUUGGAGUCGGUAUUAGCGUUUAAUGAAGCUACUUUUUCCUCCCUUGCCUUUUGGAUGAUGCUUAGUACUACUACGUCUUAUCAGCUAUCAAUCCUCCUCUCGCGUGCUUCUUGGAUAGGUUGCAUUCUUUGGGUUUGCUCACAGCGCACACAAAGCCAUUUUACUGCUGGGAAUGGUGGCUGGCACUAUUAGCGUCUCCGGCUCUUGAGUGAUCUCCAAGGGAAGUGAAGUGAUGGGGGAGUGCGAGGACGGCAAGGAGUACAGGUGCUGGGAGGAGCUGCUGCCGGACGCGCUGGGCCUCAUCUUCCGCAACCUGCCGCUGCAGGAGGUGCUCACCGUCCUGCCGCGGGUGUGCAAGUCCUGGGGGCGGGUGGUGGCCGGCCCCUACUGCUGGCAGGAGAUCGACAUCGAGGAGUGGAGCCAGCAGCAGGGCAAGCCGGAGCAGAUCGCCCGCAUGGUCGAGCUACUCGUGGGCCGCAGCGCCGGCUCGUGCCGCCGGAUCAGCGUCUCCGGCCUGCCCUGCGAUCCGCGCUUCUCCUUCAUCGGAGACAACGCACGAGCUCUCCGGACCUUGGAGAUCCCCAGGAGCGAGAUCAGCGACUCCAUGGUGGAAUCCGUGGCGCCGCGGCUGCCGAACGUCACUUUCCUCGACAUCAGCAGCUGCACGAAGAUGGGGGCCCGCGGCCUGGAGGCGUUCGGCAAGCACUGCAAGUCCCUGGCGGGGCUGCGGCGGGUGAUGCACCCGAUCGACCUGGCGGACAGGGCGUGCCAGCACGACGAGGCGCACGCCAUCGCGUGCAGCAUGCCCAGGCUGCGGCACCUGGAGAUGGGGUACAUGCUGGUGGCGACGGAGGCGGUGGCGGAGAUCCUGGGGCGGUGCCGCGAGCUCAGGUUCCUGGACCUGCGCGGCUGCUGGGCGGUGGACGACAAGCUCCUGCCGCGCGACCGCCACCCGGGGCUGCGCGUCCUGGGACCCCGCGUCGACGACUGCUACGAGAACAGCUACUGGGAGGAGUGCUCCGACGACUACUCGGACGACUCCUCCAUCUACUCGUGGGAGCUCAUGGACGACGUCGACGACGACUACGACUACGCCGCCGGCAGCGACGACGACGACGACGAGGCCGUCUGGGACGACGACGGCCAGGGCCUGGAGAACCUGGAGGUCAGGUUCUACGGCGGUGGCUUCGGCGAGACCUUCGCCGGCUUCGACUGGCCGCCGUCGCCGUGACAUGACACCUGCUGCCUGCGCUUGCGUUGCUUGCGUGGGUGGGUGAGCCUUUGUGUGUUGUCCCCAAGCUUUGGAAGCUUGCUGUGCUGCUGUAGUACUGUGCCUGCGACAUCACUCGAUCUUCCUCUACCUCGCAGAUAUGCCAUAUGUGAAGCGAACUGCUAGUGGUGCAAUCUAAAAUGUAGACGCUGGUGUUUACAUGAAGCAAUCCCCAUCAGCAUGCACCGGUGAGAUUCCACCGGUGCCAAUCCCCAUC